GUGUGUGUGUGUGUGUGUGUGUGUGUGUGUGUGUGUGUGUGUGUGUGUGUGGCACAUAGCUAUAUAUUUAGGCUUGAGAGGAAGGCACACUUGCUGGCUCAGUGCAGAUGUACAGACUGAGAGAAAAAACAUGAUAAAUCCCAGAGAGAAGACAAGAUGAGAAGGCAGUGGUUGAAUUUUGCUCCACGAUGAUCAUCCCAGCAUCUUAGAAAGGAUUUCAUCGUCCAAGCUGAUGAAGUAGCCUCAGACAAUCCAAGUCAACGGACUGAGGAAGAAGUAAGAGUGAACAGGGGAAAGAUCUACUACUGGAAUAUGGGCCCUGAAUCUUACAUCUAAACAAUUGUUCCAGUGCAGGAGUUUGAACUUUGUGCUUCUAGACAUUAUUUUGACCAAACUUCAGCUUGCCAAGAAAAUAUUGGGACCUUCAAUGAUUUUAAUGGCAAACUAUUUGAUAUAGAAACCAAAGAGACGGUGGCACAGAUGUCAGACUUCCUCACCUCCCCCUCUCCUUCUAUCCCCCCCCUCUUCUACUGCAACUACAGUGACUGGUCUCCCUCCUACUCCAUCAUCCCAUCCAUCUACCUGCUGGCAUUCCUGGUUGGUUGCCUUGGCAACAGUCUGGUGCUGUGGGCCUACCUGGACCGAGCCGAUGGGAAGGGAACUGGAAAGCUCUGUUGCACUGGCAUUUUCAGAACCAGUCAACAGAGCAAUAACAGUGCUGGUAGAGUUCACCAUGGGUCAUUUCCUCCGAAGAACAAGGAAAACUGUGGAUCUUCCUCAGGACAAAGACCCUCCUCUCACUCCUCUUGGUCUUCCAAUUCUCCCUCUAUCCCUCGUCCCUCGCGCUCACUGACAGAUUCUCUGAUAGCCAGCUUAGCGUUAGCUGACCUCUGCUUCCUUGUGACUCUUCCUCUGUGGGCAGUCUACACAGCGAUGGGCUACCACUGGCCUUUUGGGCAACCCCUCUGCCAAAUCAGCAGCUUCCUUACUGCGCUCAACAUGUAUGCCAGUGUUUUCAGCCUGAGCAUGCUCAGUGUGGAACGGUACUGGGUUCUGACUGGACGCCGGCACUCCAGCCACCAUGCCCCACAGAGCUGCCCUAGCAGGGCUUUGUGGAUACUCGGAGGGUUGUGGGUGCUGGCUGGGGUGCUGGCACUUCCUGGUCUGCUGCUGCGCUCUGUCAGGGAGGUAGAAGGAGACCCUGAAUCUGACUAUGAUUGGCAGCUGGAGCCAAUUCAGCCAACUACUGACUCUGGAUCAGUCUUCCUCUCCUGCCAGAUGGAUUACUCCAUGCUGAUUGGCGCAGAGCUGGAAGAGACAGAUCGGGAGAGGGCAGAGAUGUGGUGGGCGGCCACCUUGAGUCUUAAAUCAACUCUAAUUGGCUUCCUGCUUCCUCUUGUCAUCUUGCUGGUCUGCUACUGCUCACUGGCCCAGCUCCUCAGCCGACAUUUUGGACGGGGCCCUCGUCCUGACCGCAGGCGCCAGCGAAGACUCCUCAGGGUCAUCGUGACUUUAGUGAUGGCUUUCUUCCUGUGCUGGCUGCCUCUGCAUGUUAAUAAGACGGUUUCAAUGCUGCUGGAGUUUGGCUUUGUCCCAUACUCUUGCUCUUUAGAUCAAAUUUUACUGACAGCUCAGCCAUAUGUCACCUGUUUAGCUUAUCUUAACUCCUGCCUUAAUCCUCUCCUGUAUGCUGCAUGCGACCCGUCAUUCAGGAAGAGAUGCAGAGGAGCUCUUCUCAUGUUGUGUGGAACGAGCAGGAAACGACAAGGAGGAGAGGAAAGAGAGGGAAAGAAGGAUGAAGGUGAGGAAGAGGAAAGGAGUUCGGCUUUUCCCACAAGAACACAAGAGGAAACAGCAGUUAGGACAGAGGAGGGAGAAGAAGAGAGGGUGGGGGAGGUUGGUGGGAUGACUGCUGAGAUAACUGCCUCAAAAUGAUAGAAUUUCACAUCGAGGAACCAGGACAUCAAGUCAUUUUGUUUAUUGACAAUGAAGCAGCAUUGUGUGCUAUGUGUUUUUCAGCAGUUUUUCAGUAUUGUAAAAGACAAUCAACUAUAGACUGAAUUCCAAAGUGGCCUUCAGACUUUGAAAGAAACUAUGUCAGAGGUCAAUAUUUUCCAAAUAGACAUCCUUAUCAAAAUUCCCUGCUCCCAAUCCGCACAUUUCCCACAGGAAAGAUGCCACCCCUUCCUAAAAGAUAGUUGAAAGUCUUGCCAGAUCAAAUGUUCUCAUGUCAUCUAAUCUGUAUCUGUAUUUUUUACUAAUAAUAUACUCUGAGUUGUUUAU